GUGGAAGAGACCGCCCCGUUACCCGCCGCUGCAUCCAAACUCGCCUUCACACUUGCUCUCAUUCACGCACACUUUUCCCACCGGGAUGCAGCCGCUCCAGCCGCCGCGCAGAGCCGCCGCGGAGCCCACACACAUGGCCGCAGCAUUAUGGAGAACAUUUGCAGUGUCGCUGUGGACAGUAACACUUGUUUCGAGCUCGAGGACCAGGAUUUAUCCGCCAAAUGAAGUGACCCUGCUGGAUACCAGGACAGUGCCAGGGGAGCUGAAAUGGGCAGCCAGUCCUUCAGAGGGAGGGUGGGAGGAAGUGAGCAUUAUGGAUGAGAAGAACAUCCCCAUCAGGACUUACCAGGUGUGCAACGUACUCGAGCCUAAUCAGAACAAUUGGUUGAGGACAGACUGGAUCCCUCGGUCCGGCGCUCAGCGAGUCUACGUUGAAGUCAAGUUCACUCUGAGAGACUGCAACAGCCUGCCAGGGGUCACUGGCACCUGCAAGGAGACAUUCAAUCUGUAUUACCACGAGUCAAACGAAGACAAAGAGAGCUACAUCAAAGAGAGCAGCUUCAUUAAGGUGGACACUGUAGCCGCAGAUGAGAGCUUCACCCAGGUGGACGUUGGAGACCGCAUCAUGAAAUUGAACACUGAGGUGCGAGACGUAAAAGUCACAACACGGAAAGGCUUCUACCUGGCCUUUCAGGAUGUGGGCGCCUGCAUCGCUUUGGUUUCUGUCCGAGUUUUCUACAAAACCUGCCCGCUCACCGUUCGGAACUUGGCAACCUUUCCAGACACCAUCACCGGCGCCGACACGUCCUCCCUAGUGGAGGUCAGAGGCUCCUGCGUCAACCGAUCGGAAGAAAAAGAUGUUCCUAAGAUGUACUGUGGUGCUGAUGGAGAGUGGUUGGUUCCUAUUGGUGGAUGUCUCUGCAACCCGGGAUAUGAGGAGAAGAGUGGUGCAUGUAAAGCGUGUCCAGCUGGUUUCUAUAAGGCCAAGUCCUCCGACCCCGGGUGCUCCAAGUGUCCUCCACACAGCCACUCACUCAGAGACGGGGCCAACGUGUGCGACUGCCACAUGGGAUUCUUCCGCGCUGAUUCUGACCCUCCCUCCAUGGCCUGCACCCAGCCGCCAUCAGCGCCGCAGCAGCUGAUCUCUGUGGUAAAUAAGACAUCAGUGGUCUUGGAGUGGGCGCCCCCCCGGCGGCUGGGAGGAAGGAGUGACACCAGCUACAGUCUGGAAUGCCUCAUCUGUCAAACCGGAGGCCACGGGCAAUACGCCCCCAGGAAUCGCAGCGUUCCCCAGCCUGAGGCCCAACAGGGCGGCGUGGGAAUGCAGUCGGACCAGGGGAUUGUCGGACCCGACGUCCAGCCGGGCAGGGGAGUCAUCCAGGGCCGGCCCGUCUCCGGCUCCAUCUCCAGCUCCCCGCUCUGCCUGCCCUGCGGCUCGGAUGUGCACUUCUCCCCGAGCCAGGCGGGCCUGCAGACCACCAGGGUGGUGGUGAGCGAGCUCCGGGCCCACACACGAUACACCUUCAUUGUCUACGCAUGCAACGGGGUCUCCCGGGCCAGUGGCGCAGGGGCUACACAGAGCGCGUCCGUCAGCGUCACCACCAAUCAAGCUGCUCCCUCUCCAAUCUCAUCCAUCCAAGUGACUGAUGUCACCAGGCACAGUUUGUCAUUGUCAUGGCAACAGCCGGACCGACCCAACGGGGUCAUCCUGGAAUACGAGGUCAAGUUCUAUGAAAAGGAUCAGAGAGAGAGUUCCUACCGCAUCAUGAGGACCUUUUUAAGGAGUGUGGAUGUCACGGGUCUCAACCCUCUCACCGUGUACGUGUUCCACGUGCGAGCUCGCACAGCUGCAGGAUACGGAGAGUACAGCGCCCCGUUUGAGUUCUCCACAAACUCAGAUCCCUUCCCUUUGAUUGGUGAAGGAGUGAACUCUGCCUUCCUGCUGCUGUCUGUCAGUGGAGUCGGACUUUUGCUGCUGAUAUCUGCAGGUGUCUUCAUCAUUAGCCGCAGGAGGAGCAAGUACAGCAAAACAAAGCAGGACUCAGAGGAAGAGAAACAUCUGAACCCAGGAGUCAAAAUCUAUGUGGACCCGUUUACCUACGAAGACCCAGAUCAGGCCAUUCACGAGUUUGCCAAGGAGAUCGAUGUUAGCAAUAUUCACAUCGAGAAGGUCAUUGGCAUGGGAGAGUUCGGGGAGGUGUGCAGUGGUCGGCUGCGGGUUCAGGGGAAGAGGGAGGUCUACGUGGCCAUCAAGAGUCUGAAGGCGGGCUACUCUGACAAACAGAGGAGGGACUUCCUGUCCGAGGCCUCCAUCAUGGGACAGUUCGACCACCCGAACAUCAUCAGACUGGAGGGAGUCGUCACAAGAUGCAAGCCAUUGAUGAUCAUCACAGAAUACAUGGAAAAUGGAUCCCUGGACGCAUUUCUUCGAAAACACGACGGCCAGUUCACCGUGAUCCAGCUGGUGGGAAUGCUGCGCGGCAUCGCCUCGGGUAUGAAGUACCUGUCAGACAUGAGCUACGUUCACAGAGACCUGGCGGCUCGGAACAUCCUGGUCAACAGCAACCUGGUGUGCAAAGUGUCCGACUUCGGCCUGAGCCGAGUUCUGGAGGACGACCCCGAAGCCGCCUACACCACAAGGGAGGCCACUGGGUCUUACCUUUCACCUGGAGGGAAGAUCCCCAUCAGAUGGACGGCCCCAGAAGCCAUCGCCUACAGGAAAUUCACCACAGCCAGUGACGUGUGGAGUUACGGCAUCGUCAUGUGGGAGGUGGUGUCAUACGGAGAGAGACCCUACUGGGACAUGAACAACCAGGAUGUGAUUAAAGCGAUAGAAGAGGGAUAUCGACUGCCGGCUCCCAUGGACUGUCCUGUCGUCCUGCACCAGCUCAUGUUGGACUGUUGGGAGCGAGAGCGGGCGGACAGACCCACCUUCAGCCAGAUACUCAACAUGCUGGACAAACUCAUCCGCAACCCCGGGACUCUGCGUCGCAUAGGGGGAGACAGACCCUCGGGCGCAAUGCUGGAGUCAGGGAUGGGCUCGGAAGUGUGUGUGUCAGUCGUACAGGAGGUGUGUGUGCCACAGUGGUCGAUGUGUGAGUGGCUGCAGUCCAUCGGGUUGGAGAGGUACAGAGACACGCUGGCAGCGGCGGGUUACACCAGCCUCGACAGCCUCCUGACUCUCACACAUCAGGAGAUGGACAGACUUGGAAUAAUCACACCGUCACACCACGACAUACUCAUCGCGGGUGUGCAGCAAGAAAUUUUGUCUCAAAUGCAACACAUGCAACACUCGAUGGUUCCGGUCUGAGCCGGCGAACAGAUACGAACCUGUUUCCAGAAGAGUCUCAUUUACCUCAUCUGUGCACUUUAGAGGAACAUUUCACCGGUGGAAACACAAGGAGUGGAUGAAAGGAAAACGUAGAGCGAGAAGAGGUUGAAGAGGAAGGCGAAGAGAGAAAAGCAGCACUUUUUGCAAACUUCCAUCCCGUGGGGUUUUCUAUGAACUUUGACCUGGAUGCGGCCCCGGAGCGCGUCGAGCCUCUGAGAGCUCAGACCGAUGCCCGGUCCUUCUUUCCAGCUGUUUUUCUUUGUUUCCUUGUUUGUUCGGUGAAGGCUGACGUGUGCAUUAGCAGAAUGGCUUCCAAAACCUUUUCUCUUUUUUUUUUCCCUUUUGCUGCUUGACUUGAAUUAAGUGUAUUUUUUGUUGCCUGUGUGUGUGUGUGUGUGUGUGUGUGUGUGUGUGUGUGUGUGUGUGUGUGUGUGUGUGUGUGUGUGUGUGUGUGUGUGUGUGUGUGUGUGUGUGGGUGCAUGAGUACUCCACAGUGAGUGCAUUAUCUGUUAUCUUUAAGUAUUUUCAAUAUGCAAAGUUAGGGUUACAGUGGGAGGAGCUGAACAGAAUGUACCAUUACAAGCUCUUACUGGUUUCAUACUGAAGGACUGUGCUAACAACCUGGAUCAUUUGCUUGUUUCUUUUUUUAUUAUUAUUAUUAUUCCUUUUCUUAUUUUGAAUUAGACAUUUAGAUUCAAAUGUCAUUCAUCUGUGUCUGUACAUAUGUCUCUCAUUUGAUGUUGCGAAUUAGCUACUUGAAACAUUUUGUUAAUUUAUUGUCCUUUUUAUCUAGUUUGUACGAUGUAAAAUAGAAACACUGAGGAAAAAUUGUAACGAGUGCCAUAAUUGCAUUGCAAUAAAUGCCCAACCUA